UGACCUUUACAAACUUGAAUACUCACACACUCGCUGACUUUAACACAGUUGCAUUCUCACACACUCACUGACUGGUACAUAAUUGCUUGCUUAAAGAUUCACUGACAUUUACAUACUCAUACUUUAGCAAGUAUGUACACUUUUUGCUGGCAACAUUUGAUGCAAUGUCAUAGACAUGUUUGUUUCUUUGUUCUCUCUGUCUUUUACAAGGAUGAUGGCAAAUAUCUCAUCUUCAGGAAUAUGAUUUUGUCUAACAAUGACCCACGUGCCAUUAUAACAAGGGACGCCGAGGUUGACAUCGAGUUCUUCUGCAAGUAUUCCAAGCGGGGUGACGUGGUCCUAAGUUACAUCGCUCACAGGCCCCCAGUUACCUUCACAGAGAAGGGCUUCGGCACAUUCACCUACCAGUUUGAGUUCUUCCAGUCACAAGCAUUAACACAGCAAAAGGACAUAAACUCCUACCCCCUGGAGUUUGAUGUUGGAGAUAUGAUGUACAUGCAGAUUGAGUCUAUCUCUUCUGUUCCCAACACUGAACUAUUUGCUGAAUCCUGUCGGGCUACUCCCAGUGAUAAUCCCCACGAUACUAUUUCCUACCCCAUCAUUCUGCAUGGAUGUAAGGCAGACGAAACUGUCCAGCUCUAUGCCAACGGUAACCGGUCAAAGGUCCAGUUUGCGAUGAAGGCUUUCAAGUUCAUCGGGCACCAUGACCAGGUAUACAUCACCUGCUCAGUCAUCCUCUGUGAGGCUGGGAUGACCAAUAGCAGGUGCUCACAGGGCUGCAGCAGGAUCACCAAGAGGGAGGUAUCAUUCCAAUCUGCCACAAAUCAUAGCUCAGGGCACCAAAUCCAUAACAGGGAUGUUCCCUCAGAGGCCACCGGCUAUUUCCUCUCCCACUCUCACCACAAAAUCAAUGAAAGGGCGGCCUCCUAUCAGACCUCCGGCCAUUUUAUCUCCCAGGGUCCGGUGCGUCUCAGGCACCAAAUAGACAGCCCAGUGGCUGAAGGGAUGAACAAGAACCUGAUCUUUAGUGUUAGCUGUCUGUUAGCAGCUAUCGCCAUGGCCUUCGAUGGGGACAUCAUUUUUACAGGGCAGAAACACUUCAGCUUGUAUUGCGUAGCUCUUGCCCAGACCGAAGGACUGCCAGUGCUGUGCUAUGUGCUAGAGGAAGCGGGAUUAUGGUACCGUGUGCCCCCGCAGUCCCAGACGCCCACACGCCCCAAGCGCAGGUGUGGAUACCACCCUUCUUGCCGCUCCUGCUGGUCUCCCAAUGCCGUCGAGGCCGCCUCAAGGCGACUCCCGCGCCAUGGAUCCCUUUCUGUUUUGGACAUUAUCUCCUGCGUUAAGACCUAUUUGCUUUAG